AAGAAGAAGAGGCGGAAGCAGGACUGUUUGGGGGUUUUAAUGUUCGGUUGUUUCUGUGUUUUUACACGUUAGAAACGACUCCGGUCUCCAUGGCAACGCGCCGGUUGGUGGAGGUGUAUCUGGACCUCCUGUCGCAGCCCUGCCGGGCGAUACACAUCCUGCUCAACUGCAACAAAGUCCCGCACACCGUCCGCCCGGUGGCUCUGAGGAAAGGAGAGAACAGAACUCCAGACUUCACGAAGCUGAAUCCCAUGCAGAAGGUUCCUGUCAUGGUGGACAACGGCUUCGUCCUCACAGAGAGUGACGCCAUCAUGAAGUACCUGGCCACCAAGUAUGACAUCCCAGAGCACUGGUAUCCUCGGCAACCAGAGAGACGAGCCAGAGUGGACGAAUACACAGCCUGGCAUCAUAACAACACACGACCACACGCCGCUAAAGUCUUUAUACUGGAGGUGCUCCUCCCGGCUCAGUCUGGCUCUCAGGUGGACGAGGUGCGUUUGACUCGCGCUCUGUCAGAGCUCGAUGACACUCUGGAUAAACUGGAGUCCAUGUUUCUUGGCAGACAGCCUUUCCUCUGCGGUGAUGACAUCACAGUGGCCGACCUGCUCGCCAUCUGUGAGCUCAUGCAGCCUAUGGCAGGGGACAGAGACGUCCUGCAGCAGCGGACUCAGCUGCAGCGUUGGAGGAGCCGAGUUCAGUCGGCUGUCGGCGAGUCGUUCGACCGAGCUCACGCUGUCCUGUACGCCAUCAGAGACCGCCGCAGAGCCAAGCUGUGACAUCACCACAGAGGGACGGCCCGCAGGAGGGAUGUCACGCUGAUGGGUGGGGCCAAGAGACAGGAGGAGGAGCCGAUCAUCAUCAUCAUAAUGAGGUUUGACACUGAGAGAAAGAGGAUGAGGAAGACAUGUAUUACUGAGACAAACAGGCGUGAUGGCUUGUUUGAGUCUCGACCCCCCUGAAUCCUCCACACCGGACCUUUAAACACCACCACCUGAGAAGAAAACUGCCAAACUACAUGUGAGUGUCUUUCAGGAAGCAGGAGUUCGACCAGGAUCAGCUCUGUGAUCACAUGACUGAGGUGCUGGUCCCUGCCCUGUCCCAGCAGGUCUCAGAUCUGUACUUUAUCACCAGGUUGAAUAAGUCGACCAAAUCAAGUUGAACAAAAAUCUGGUCUUAAAGCACUUUAACAGAAAAAAACGUCUUUGUAAUGAAGAGAAAUAAAGUUUUGUGAUUUUUUUCUCA